AGAUUGAUCCCGUCUGAAGCUGGGCAUUCCAUGAAAAGCGUUGAAGAAUCAACAACAUGUCUGCCUACGUUGCGCACAGCGCAGCUCUCGGGGUCUCAACGAGCCAUCAGCGAUCAGAAGUGAGCUCGGGCUGCUGGGCUCUGGCAGCAGAUGCGCUGAUGGUCUCACGAUCAAUAAAAAGCACCAUGGGGAAGAUUCGGAACUCGGGUCUCGGACUACUCUACGCCACAUUGGCCCAGCUGUAGUGAGCACAACUGGGUAACGUCGUCCACUGGGACGGGCAAUGGUGCAAACAACGUCGCUGCUCGACUCCGUUGGGAAGAUGUCCGGAAGCCAAGUGAACGUGUCCAUUGUCGCCGGAUGCAGGGGCCCUGUGCGCCACGGAGGCACGUCAAUCUGGCAAAGCUUGUGCGAAUGGGAGGGACCCGAUGACUGGUAACCAUCAGAGGCGCAAGGUUUUGCACCUGCGUCAUUACCGGCCAACACUAUUACUGAAAGCGCUGCUGCUCUCCUCCGGCGUACUAGUCAUCAAUACGCUGAUAUGGGCGCUCUCCGGAGGGAUCCUGAAAAAGAAUGUGCUUGGACUUGCGCUCAUUGCCUGGACAACAGGUCUGCGGCAUGGCCUCGACGCGGAUCACAUCACGACCAUCGACAAUGUCGUUCGACGGAUCAUGAACAGCCACAACGAAGGACGGAGCCCAAAGACGCCAAUCACGACCGGGACGUUCUUCUCGCUCGGUCACUCGACCAUCGUCCUCUCGGUGAUCAUUGCCAUCGCGAUGUCGGUGUCCAUCGCAAGCAAAUUGGAUGCCGUUGGAAGUGUGGGAGGGGUGAUCGGUACAGCGGUCAGCGGCUCGAUGCUUAUGCUGCUUGCCAUCAUAAAUGCCUGCAUCCUCUUCGGCACCGUUAGGAAACUUCGAAGGGUACGAAGAGGCGCAGAUGCCGAUGCGGAAUGGGCACCUAGGGGCUGCUUUGCGCGAAUGGCCAAACCACUCCUUCUCGCAACGGAUCACCCGUGGAAGAUGUACCCAAUCGGUGUGCUCUACGGCAUUGGCUUUGACACUGCGAGCAGCAUCGCGCUUCUGAGCGUAUCUGCCAUUGCAUCGACUCGUUCAGAUGCACAUCGCAAUGGAUCGGUCGUUCUGCUCGCCCUCCUCUUCGCAUCGGGUAUGUGCCUUGUCGACUCUCUGGACAGCAUCAUGAUGGUGUACGUCUACUCCCCUAGUGCUAUGCGCGAGGGCUGGAAGCUGCUCCGCCCUCCUAGAGAUGGUGCCGAGACGGAAACCGAGGCAGGCACUCAGCCAGACUUGCAGACCGCCGAGCAGACAAUGGCAAGCAAUCCUGCGGAAGGAAAUCAGGAUGCAUCACCGCAGGAGAACAGCAAAAUCGCGUCCAAUGCGACGGUAGCAAAGCAGACACCUCAAUUUCCCUUUGAAAGCCAGCCUGUCAAUCUGGAAGCGGGACAUCUAGGGAGCAGCCCCAGGGUCAAUGUGCUCACUCCGGCUGUGAAGCUCUCAUUGGUCAUGACCACUGCCUCGAUCUUGAUGGCCUUUACUAUUUCGCUCAUUCAAAUUUUGAGUCUUAUUGCAGACCAAUGUGGUCCGUGUGCAGCGGCAGCUGAGAAGCAGCAGGAGACGGGGGACGGCGGUCUCGCUGGACGCUGGUGGCUUGGCUGGCAGGAUGCGGCAGACAAAUCUACCUACAUUGGCAUCGGCAUUGUUGGUGCGUUCGCAUUGGCGCUUGGCUUUUUCAUGCUAGAGCAGUCAGCCACGAAGUGGAUACGAAAGCGGCGAAAAACUAGAAUAGUAGCACAACAAAGCUGAAUGACAUUCAAAACAGCGUUUGGUGAUGCAUGCAAUACGAUGCUUCGACGCUACAACAUAGUGUACCUUUACUAUCAACGGCGUCAUCUGAGCGACGCUGCUACAUUGGAUCUGCUGGACGCUGGCCCGCUAGCAAUGCAUCAGGAAUUGGACCC